GAAUUUCAGAAAGAUCAGGUAUAAAAGAGACUCGAAGCUCACCGGGAACCUCUGGUUACAUCGAUGAGUGAUAGUCGUUCUCUCGGGUCCUCAAUUGAUCACAAGAAGUUUUGUUUGGUCCUUUGACGUUCAAGGCACUCUUCGAUAAUUCCUUCCAAAUCAUCGCAUACUGCAGUCACCAUGAAGGUCAUCAGUGCCUCCGCCUUCUCUUUUCUGCUUGCUCUGGCUCAAUCUGCUGCCAUCGAGCGUCGCCAGCAAGGCGAUGGUCCAGGCGGAUCCACAGAUGCGACGCAAGGCGACCUUGGUGAACGACCACCACCGCGAUUUCCGUUUCCCAUUACCAAGUUCCCGGUUCCGAACGAGACUGUCGUUCUCAAGGAAGCUAUUUACAUCCUUCCUGGGCAGGUGUUCGAUGGAGGCAUGAAGCGCUACGAGCGCGUUGAAGGCAGCUGCAACGAGCAAGCUGAGGGUACGGAUGCUGAUGCGGUCUUCAACCUCCUUCCUGGCUCGACAAUCCGCAACGUCGUAAUUGGCAAACACCAGGCUGAGGGCAUCCAUGCACUGGGCGAUGCGUGGAUCGAAAAUGUUUGGUGGGAGGAUGUUUGUGAAGACGCACUCACCUCGAAGGGCUUGAACACCCAGCUUAGAGUGAUUGGUGGCGGUGCUCGCAAUGCCACUGACAAGAUCUUCCAAGAUAACUCUCUUGGCGGGAAGUACAACAUCACCGGCUUCUAUGCCGAUGGAUUCGGAACUUUCUAUCAAUCCUGCGGUAACUGCUUGAAUCAGUCGAAGCGAAACGCGACCAUUCAGAAUGUGAUCGCGCUCAAUGGCAACAGGAUGGGCAUCAUCAACCCCAACUACGGAGACGAGAUACGCAUCAAGAACACUCAGCUGAAAGACUUGAAGGUGAUGGUCGACAAAGAGAUUGCAAACAACAUGCAACUCGUUCCAAUCACCGUCGGCACUGGCCCAGACCAGAAGUACGCCCUUUACAACGAAACGAGAGACGCCAUCACCGAGUGGGAGGGCACAGUGGAGAACGCAUACGAGCCUGAGGAGCCAUAUGAGUGGCUUGAGGCUUACUGGCCGGAUGGAUUCAAUUGAGCGACCGGGACCCCAGAUGCGGGGUGGCGUAAGGUCAAUGGCCAGGCGAUGCUGCAUGGAAUUGGGUCCCUGUUGACGACGAUUCUUCAUAAUUCUACAAAUAAUUUCGUACAUAACAUCCAUCAAUUUGCACAUACGAAGGGGGUCUAUGAUCGCUCAAUGGUGUUUUAAUUGUCGUUCCACGACCCUCGAGUCUCAUCGCCGUGGUCCCGAAGCCUAGCCGCCCCGGCCCCGAGCGGCCCACUCAAUCCGGUCCCCACCUCGCCGGCACAGGUCCCGGACCGUUACAAAAUCGAAGGGAUUGGAUGUCAUAUGAAUCGGACAGAGAAUAGAAGAAGACCACAAGUUCCCCAAUAAGUUCCACCGUUGCGUUUUCUCAUGCAGCAGUUUGACCAGAACUCAGUCUGUCAGGGAGACAGUCAUUCAAGCGCCUUUCACGCGUGCCGACUUCCGGUUCAAUUCGGAAACCAUGCAUAUUCUC